AGAGCGAGCACCAAUCUCGAGUGUAAUGUCAGAAAGACAGAACGACAGAAGGAACCGAAUGGACUAGAUUAAGCAACAACAAAACAUGGAUGUGGCUGUGCUCGUGGCUAUUGCCGCAGGACUAGUGACUCUAAUUGUUCUACUCACUUUAUUGUCACGUAAAAAACUAACUAAGAAUGAAGUACCUGAAGAAGCAGCCGUCCGAGGUCAACCGGUGCGUCGAGCUGCUGGUGUUCGUAAUGCCCGACGUCGGAUGCAAGAUAGAAUGCAUCGAGCCCCACAGGAGGAGGAGGCAAACGAUGCAUCAGACGAAGAUGAGAACGUUGAUCCAGCAGAUAAGCCAGAAAUCAUAGAAGGAAAAAUGGGUGCGAAGAAAAGGGCGAAGCUUGAGGCCAAAGCUGAAAGGAAACAGCAGCGAGAAGCUUUGGAGAGAGAACGUGAGGAAAGGAAGAAGAGAGAGCAGCAAGCACAGGAGGAAUCAGAUAAGCGCCGAGAGAAGGAGAAGCUUGAAGCAUUGGCCCGAGAAGACGAGGAGAAAAAAGCGAGAGAGGAGAAAGAAAGAAUUGAAGCUGAAGAGUAUUUAAAAAUGAAGGAGGCCUUCAGCAUUGAGGAGGAGGGAUACGAUGUUGCUAAUGAGGAGGAGCAGAAAAAUCUUCUUCAAGAGUUUCUCGACUACAUUAAGUCUAAUAAAGUAGUUAUUCUGGAGGAUCUAGCCGGCCAUUUCAAUCUGAAAACACAGAGUGUAAUAGAGAGAAUUCAAGAUCUUCAGGUAAAUGGUCGACUCACUGGAGUUAUUGAUGACAGAGGAAAGUUUAUUUAUAUAUCUCAGCAGGAGCUUGAGAGUGUAGCCAAAUUCGUCAAGCAGAGGGGUAGAGUCAGUAUCACUGAACUCGCUGAGAACUCCAACAGACUCAUCAAUCUCAAUUGUGAACAGACUAAAGUUAUUGAAACGAGUUGAUUAUGAAAUUUUAAAAGCAAUUGUACAUAUACUGUAUUUUUAAGUAAAAAAGGAAGAUUUUCUUUAUAGAAUUUUUAAAAAUCUGUGUUGUACUACUUCAAAUGUGAAAUCCAUUCUUUCUGCUUGAUAAAGAAAUGAUGAUUGAUUAUGAAAAAAUAUCACGCCAAUAAUCUUACUCCUGUUUUGAAGAUAGACUGCUAUAACUUAAUGCUGAAUAAUAUACAUGAUAAAUAUUCCUUAGGUGAGCAUGAAUGAUGAAAAAACUGAAGUUUUGUAAUAAUAUUAUUAUUAUCGAUACUGUCGAUUUUGUUGGCGACGUUAUUAGUGCUGUUCACUCCUUAUAAAUACUCUCGUUGCAGCUUAUUAUUUUACUGUGACAAUGUUUUAAAACUGAGGAGAGACUAAGCAUGCAUCAAUUACGAGAGAAAUGUGGAAAAUUGCCAAGGAAUCACUAUAGUUUACUAAUUUUCGAAAGCGCAAAUCGAGUAAUAACGACGCCUUCUUAUUCAAUAAUGCAAUCCAUUCUUUAUUUAUUCAUUUGUGAAUUAUUUACCGAAUGCUCAUUCAAUUACUUGUCCCCACUACUGAAAUCCUUUGUUUCAAUGCCCUCUUUAUGGACGUCGCACAAAGAGGUCAAUAUCUCAAUGAAAUUAAAACAAUGAAAAUAUUAUUUUUAUUGUUCAGUGCAGGAGAAAAUGUUUUCUUUUUUCUUAAGCAAACUCGUUUGCUCAGAAGUUGGAAUUCUGGGCGUGAUAACUUUUUUUUCUCUCUGCGGGAUGAAAUAUUCCGAAGUUAGGUUGAAAAUUCUGACGACACUUGGUUCGAUGUUGCAUCAGAUUCUAGUUUACCUUAAAGUGCAAGUUGCAACUGUGUUUCUUUUCCAUCCUUAUUUUUAUUAUUCAUCUCAUGAUCUUAAUGCUUUAUAAAUUUACAUGAAAUUCUUUUUUAAUGAAUAACUGCAAUAAAGGAAUUGAAAGUUUCAA